CUGGUGGAGGUCACAAAGAAGACUUCUUAUAAAAACCGUGGCAUAAAGCUAGUCCUCUCUCUUUGUUCAGCGAACUUUUGUAUGUUGAGAAUGUUGCAGUGCAACAUGUCCUCUUCAGAAAGUUGCUUUGUGAUUGCAAUCAUAGUUUCCAGUUUGCCUCGUGAUGGGAUUGAUGAAGCACGUGGCCUCGGAUGAUUCGCGCCAUAGGCGUUUUAGGCUGUUGAAUAUCUGCGUUUGAUGCAUCGAUUAUAAAUCGUAAUGAACACAACGAAGGGUUAAGUUAGUGCUUUCACCGAUGGUAAGAAUGGAAGAUGUUGUGACUUCGUAAGAGAUGUAAGAAGACCAAGAAGUCCAUUUGGUGGUAUACAGUUUGGAAAGGGCUCUUCUGCAUGUAUGGCACUAAUGUGCAAACGUAAUUUUAAAACACUGAAUAUUGUUACAGAAUUUUGUAUAUGCUUUUUAGAUGGAUAAAUGUCUUAAUAAAAAUGUGAACAACACCUUAAUUUGUGUGUAGUUCUGGUAACUAAUUUAAGAGAUACUGGAGUGGUGGUAAUCUGGAUUGUGGUGGUUACCUUGUUGAUGUCUUAUCAUAAAAUAUGCACAUCGAUAAAUGGUGUCUAUACCAUUAUGAAUCUUAAAAAAAAAAAAAAAAAAAAAACUAAUAGCAAAUGCUAGUACAUAUGGCAUGCGUCCAAUAUCUGAGUGUGAAUACUGAUCUAAUAGACCAUGCAUUGUAUAAACCCAGCAUCCUACACGGAUGAUCCACUCGUUUCUGCCGGCAGGAAGACCGGAGUCCUGAGACCGUUACUUGCUCGCUACUUCCGGAUUACUGCUCAUAAUGCUCGCUCAGUUGUAUAGUUCAUCACCCGAAUGAUAUUUAAGAGCGAUUGUUUUGUAGAUUAGUGUGUAUCUGAAAGACGAGCUCUUCGUAUAAGCUCUGAACUAGUAUUCAUCUACACAAGCAACUGUUGGAUUUAACGUUACGCGUUUAAAUGAAACUUGUAAGAUUUAUGAACAAUCGUGCACCAUCUAAUAAGAGAUAUCAGCCAACAGAAUAUGAGCACGCUGCUAACUGUGCCACGCAUGCGCUCUGGAUCAUUCCCAGCAUUGUGGGUGGGAUCUUGUUGUACCUCGUAUCUGAUGACCACUGGGAGGAGAUUUCAGCAUGGCUCUAUGGGGCAGGCCUAUCAAGCCUUUUCAUCAUAUCCACAGUUUUCCAUACUAUCUCCUGGAAAAAGUCUCAUCUCCGAUCGGUUGAGCACUGUUUCCACAUGUGCGACAGGAUGGUGAUCUAUUUCUUCAUUGCAGCGUCCUACACACCUUGGCUGACGCUGCGGGAUCUUGGUCCAUGGGCUGCCCACAUGCGUUGGGUGGUCUGGGUGAUGGCCUCUGGAGGAACUGCCUAUGUGUUCUUCUUCCAUGAAAGGUUUAAAGUUGUAGAGCUGAUCUGUUACGUAGCAAUGGGUGUUUUCCCCGCUCUUGUCAUCCUCUCUAUGGCAGACAGGUCAGGUCUGUGUGAGCUGUUGGUUGGUGGCGGGUGUUAUGUGUUGGGCAUGGUGUUCUUUAAAAGUGAUGGAAUAGUGCCCUUUGCUCACGCUAUAUGGCACCUGUUUGUUGCAAUGGGAUCAGGCAUCCAUUACUAUGCCAUCUGGAAGUACCUGUACACACCUGUCAAUCAACCAACCAGUCUUUAACUAGCACAUACAACAGAAAUUAC